ACAGCGAUCUCUAACACUGCAGGCUGUGGAGGCCGCUGUGAGUGACGCCCACGCUAGACCAAAUCUCUCGACCUCCAUAGAUAUUUGGCCCACGCUAUAGUUUCUCUUGCGAACGGAAAACCCCAGCUCGCUGUAACGAAGAGAGCAGAGCGAUAUUGCUCUUCUCCUGCUGCCCAACCAUGGCCUAUCGAAGAGCUUCCCCCUUCCUCCUCCUCGCAACUGCUCACUUGUGCUUGAUGUCUCCUCACAACACCGCUGCUGUGUCUUUCAGCUAUAACUUCUCCAAGGCGAGCGACCAAGAAAAGCUCUGGUACGCCAACGGCAACUCCUCUGCCGCCGGCGACGGAAUCAGUAUUACAAAGGUGAACAAAUGGAGCACCGGCCGUGUGGCCUACAAGGAGGCGGUGCGCCUAUGGGACGACCGCACCGGCGAGCGAGCCAGCUUCCACACGAGCUUCUCGUUCGCCAUCGGGCGAAGCGGCAGCGGUGACAACACAGGGGCCGACGGCAUGGCGUUCUUCGUCGGGCCUUUCACCCCAAGCCUGCCACAGGACUCGGACGGCGCCUUCCUCGGGCUCUUCGCCAAGAAUAAGUUGGCGCAGGGAACCGUCGGCGUGGAGUUCGACACGUUCUGGAACGCAGCACCAGCAGAUUGGGAACCUAAUGACAUCACCACCGAUCACGUCGGCAUCGAGGUGGGCAACAUCUGGAACAUUAUCAACUACACCAAGGACUUGGCAAACGGGAGCCUCUCUGGCCCCAUGGAGGCGAACAUCGCGUACGACGCAGGCUCCAAGCUGAUGGUGGUGACCCUACGACUGGCCAACGGGAGUAGUGUCAGCGUCCAAGCGACGUUGGACUUGAAGGCCGUUGCAGGACUGGGUCCGGACGCGGCCGUGGGAUUUUCGGCGGCCACAGGGAACCUGUUCGAGUCGCAUCAGCUACUAUCCUGGUCUUUUAGCUCAACAGAUCCAUCUAGCAGUAGUACUAAGAUCCAACUAUGGGUAAUACUAGUGCUGUCUGCUGCAAGUGCAUUACUAGCAGGUUUAGUGGUUGCUAUGACUUGCUUCAUCAUGAUGCGUCGAAAGCGCCCGCCACCGCCGAUGGAGAUAGAGUUGCCAGUUGCCAGGAAAUUCUCGUACCACGAGCUGACCUUGGCGACCGACAGCUUCUCCCAGGACAGGAAGCUCGGCGCCGGCACCUUUGGAGCAGUGUACAGAGGGGACCUGCGAGAUCGUCGGCGCGUUGAUGCGCCGGUGGCAGUGAAAAAAUUGACGCUGCUGUUGGAGCAAACCAGGCGGAACUACGUCACCGAGAUCAUGAUCUUGGGCCAGCUGAAGCACCGCAACCUUGUGAAGCUCGUUGGGUGGUGCGACGGCGGUGGAGACGACAAGCUUCUGCUCGUGUACGAGCUGGUAACCAACGGGAGCCUCGACGACCACCUCCACGGGUCGUCGGAGAGGCUGCUGACAUGGCCGGAGAGGUACAAGAUCGUUCUGGGCAUCGGCUCCGCCAUAGAAUACCUCCACACCGGCGACAAGGACGCCAUCCUGCACCGGGACAUCAAGCCCAGCAACGUGAUGCUGGACGACGCGUUUGAGGCCAAGCUCGGCGACUUCGGGCUCGUGAGGCAGGUCCAGCCCGGGCAGGGCUCCCUCAGAGGCACGGCCAUGGUCGGGAGCUGGGAGUACAUGGACCCCAAGUGCAUCACCACCGACUCGGCGACCACGGCGUCCGACAUGUACAGCUUCGGGGUGCUGCUGCUGGAGAUCGCCACCGGCAAGAGGCCACGGGUGCCGCGGGGACGAUGAAGAACUAAGGGUGCGUUUGGUUCGAGGGACAAAGUGGGACGGGACGGGACGAUCCCACUUCGUCCCGUGUUUGGUUGGGAGACAGGUGGGAUGGGGACAUCCCU